UAUGCUGACGAUGUUUUUAAUGAGUGCUUAAACGGUAAGAACAUGUACAGAGUUGUCGGUAACAACAUCCAUCAGGGAUUUCGUGGGCACAAAAUACUAUGUCCAGUAUAUAGUAAUAUUACAGUAAACACGAUAGUUACUGAUUCUGCAUGGCCCGUCUGUCUGUGCACACGGGGUUACGUCAAGGCGAAUGAAUCCGUGCAAGCCCAAAGCAAAUUUGUGCGUUUUGUGUUUCAAACCACGACUCAAACGUCUUCAGGCGAGGCUCAUGUCAGUCUUCCGCCACGGCGAGAGCGCGUCGCCCCCGCGUCAGCAAAGUCGCGGACAAACAAACCAACAAACACACACCCGGGCUCCGUUCAGCCCGGCGACAGCGGAGACCAGACUGCCCGUCCCCUCAGCCUCCCCACCUCCCCGUCCCCUCCUCCUCCUCCUGCGACACCCCAAGUCGCCCACACCCCUCCCCUUAAAGCUCGGCACAUCAGUCCUACGCCCGCUCGGAGUCAGUCUGUGUCGGCGGCGAGCGGGCCCGGCGAGGGAGGGAGCUUUCGUGAGCUACGUGCGAGGCGGACGGCGGCGCGACUUCGCCGGCAGCUCGGAUCGGCCCCCCUCGCGCUGCCAGGGCGGCCGUGCGUGGCGCGCGAGCGGCAUCCCGCGCGGACACUGCUAGAGGCGUUUUGCAGCGAGAGACAAACCCCCUCCCGAAAGAAAAAAACCCCAGGAGCAUAUCCAUGAGCUCCAACUUCCAGCACUACAGCUUCAGAAUGCCUAACAUCGGGUUUCAGAAUCUGCCCCUCAAUAUCUACAUCGUGGUCUUUGGGACAGCCAUAUUUGUUUUCAUCCUCAGUUUACUCUUCUGCUGUUACUUGAUCAGGUUACGACAUCAGGCACACAAGGAGUUAUAUGCUUACAAACAGGUUAUUCAGAAGGAAAAGGUGAAAGAACUAAAUCUACAUGAGAUCUGUGCAGUUUGUUUGGAGGAGUUCAAGCAGAAAGAUGAGCUGGGAAUAUGCCCAUGCAAGCAUGCCUUUCACAGAAAGUGCCUCAUUAAAUGGCUGGAGGUGAGGAAGGUGUGUCCACUGUGCAACAUGCCUGUCCUGCAGCUGGCUCAGCAACAGGGCCACAUGGAGCAGCAGGGCCCUUCCCAGCAGCCCCUGCCAGGGGUCGAGAACAUGGUGUAGCAGCUUCUGUAGGCCUCAGCGGAAAAUCCCCACGUCAAGAAAUGCACAGACAUACAGUAAAGACAGAAGCAAGAACUUGUUUUCACUAUGCAGAGACCGUGUGCACCUGCUGCUUCUUUUCUUGUCUUGGUGGAUUCACAAAGAUUUUUUUUUCAUUUUUAUUUUUCCCCUUUUUGCGGACGAUGAAGAAUAAAUCUUUUCCUCACUGGGGCAGGAUGUGAUCGUUCGGACUGUUUCACAACCACCAAAGCACUUUCUUUUUUUUUUUCUCUCGGACUACCAGCGUAAAAAAAAGAAAAGAAAAAAAGCUGCAUUUUAUUUUUUAAAGAAACAAACUUUUUUAAACAGCACUUUAUAAAAACUGAACCCCAAUUGCUUGUGAAGUUAUAGAAAGAUCAUUUUUGUAUUAUUAUAAUUAAUAAUGUUAUGACUUUUUUUAUUUAGUUCAGUGUGUACAGAGCCACAUGUAGCCACAGGGUUACAUGUAAAUUAGAAGGGACUUAACAAAAAGGGACAUGCUUUUUAACAGUGGAAUGGAAACAAGAGGGGAGAAAGCAGAUAUCACAUAAUUAUAAAAGAAGCCACACAGGUUUUGUGGUCUUAUCUUGUGAAGAGAAUGUCGAAGGACCUCUGAGGACUGGAAGCUGCCUCUAUAUCCAGAGCAGUGUGGAUGUGUUUGUUUCUCCUCAUGAAAUGUUUUAGGUCAUCGAUGCUGAGCACAACAGAUACAAAUCACUGAGAGCAAAGCCUUUUUCUCCCCUCUCUGGACAUAUCCUCUGUUUCCUUAGUUUUCCUUCCAGCAUUUUAAGGCCACAUCACCUUGCAUGGCAUUUUAAACCACUUUGUAAGCUUGAAGCUCGUUACCAGGUAUAUUUAAAAUAUAUUGCAUUCUGUCUUUUCAAAACAAGAACAACUUUGCAAAUG